GAGCCACGCCGCUACCCAAAUGCAUCCCCAGCGGUAUUAAUACCCCCACUACCAGAUUAUAAAAGUUUAUGAUAAAGAUAUCAAACACAAGCUAUAAAAUGGUUAACGUGAAGCUUAUAUUCGCCGUGAUCCAUUGGGUUAGUCUCACCUUACGACAGUUCAGCCAUAGAUAUGUUCUAACAUGUCUAGCUUUCCCACGUGCCGAGCUCCACAAUAGCUGAAAACGACAAGCCCCAUAACCUCCCCAAGCCGCCUGUGGUGAUCGAGACUUUGGGGAUCCUUUUGGAUGAAUCUUUCGAGGUAGAGGAAUUCCCAUGGAGGUACCCCAAUCCAUCGAUGAAAUUCAAGCACUUGGAUCGCGAAACGCAAAAGUCCACCUUAGAGCAAUAUGAAUACAUCUUCAACACGAUUAGGUCAAACUUGAAGAGGCAAAUUGCAGAACAAAGUGUAUCAUUUCCUCGCCAUAACAAUUUUGGCCCUAUUCUUGACGAAGCAGUGCUUAUUUACAGAGUAAACACUUAUCUUGAGGGAUUUAACAAGAUAAGUCUCUAUAACGGUGACAUCAACCAGGUGACAAAGCUCUGUGAAUUGUAUAUUCUUCUAGGUACCACGUGCAAAAUGGCUGGGUGGUGUAUCACGUUGAUCAGCUGUCUUGACGAUGAUUUUAAGAAGGAAAUAAACCACUUCAUUGACAGAGGGUACGGUUCGAUUCAGUACGAGAUAGGGAGGGGUGGAAUGGCUAUGGAGGACGUUGAGUUGGACCCCGACAUGUCGGUGUACGACACUGCCCCGAAUAGUCCCACAAAGAAAAUUCUCCCCGGGGUAGAAGCCACCCAACCCUUGAUCCGUAACCGGAUAUUGCUAGAUCAACGGGAGGAUAAAGAGGUUGAGGAACUAAACAGGAAGAUUUCUCAGCUUGAAAGGAGGCUAGACAUGGUGGAGGACUUUUAUUCUCGUAAAAUCUCAGACAUAACUGCCCAACACGAAGCGGCCAUGCAGAACUACAGAGAACGUGCUGUUCACCAAGAAAGUGAAACGAGAACUUUGCAACCGGGAUUAGCCAUUUAUUCAAAAGAGAUCUUGUCCAACAAGACCGUGAGUUCGAGAAAUGAGGCGAACGAAUCUAGCCGGCAUAGCAUGAUGUUAAAGGAAAGCGAACACCCCACGACAAGAUAUGGCUUGAGGUUUAGCUGCCUAAACUCGGAUGGGCUAAAAGUUAGCUGCCUGAACUCUGAUGGGCUGAAAGUUGAGUUGGUUAGAGCCGGGCAUGGUGAUUUUUACCAAAUUUUGGACGAGGUGGAAACAAUGCGUUGGGAGUUGGAUUUGAUGAACUAUUACGUGUAUUCGUUGUGCUUUGAGGGGGGGCGUUAAUUUUUUAUAUGAAACGGAC